GGCCGGUGCUGCGCUUGUCCGAAAUAUGACCAGCGGCGCUCGCAAGCCACGGCAGAGAGAUGACGGUUUAACGCACCGGCUUGCACCGCGCGAGAACGAGCAGCAGUCCGCAGACUCCGAGCGGGCGCACCGAUGGCGGCUCUCCUUGGCGUCGCUCGUCGUCUUUGCCGCGCUGCUGUCUGACCGGCCGCGCUUCUGCGCCGAGGCCAAGCUCAACAGGAGCCGAGACGAGGAGCCGGCCAGGAUCGUUUCACCUCGAGACGCCAUUUCCAUUGGAAACACUAGUGAACCGCCGUGGAGACUGGAAACGUCCAGGAACUGCUUCACGUUCGCCGACGCGGACCACUUGUGUGCGGGCCUCUCGGGUCCAGACGUGAACCCGAGCGACUUGUACCUCUCGUUUUGCAACGCCUACUCGCUAAUGGAUUUGCUGUACGGCUUGACGAACCCGGACGACUUGAACUGCAGUGUGGAUGCGCUCUCGAGCGGCGACCCGUCCAGGUGUACCCUGUGCGUGCAGGCGUACCAGCGCUAUGACCUGCACGCUCAGGAGAAAUACGAGGAGUUCGAGAGCAUGACCGAGCGCUACGAGACGGACGCGUACUCGGUGCGAACGUGCAUGGAUGAGUGUAAGGUGGUGUACAAGCCAUGGCUCUGCGCUCAGUAUUUCCAGAGCAAUCAGUCCAGCUGUAGCCGCAAGAUCCCAUGUGAGCAGUACUGUCUCGAGGUCCAGCAGAAGUGUCCCUUCAUAUUGCCUGACAAUGAUGACCUUAUACACGGUGGCACUCCCAGUUUUAUAUGUACAGGGCUUUUGGAGAAUGCAGACAACACCCAGCAUGAGCCACAGUGCUGUGAUGUGCGGUGGGAGCUAAAAUUCAAUGAAUGUUCACAUAGCACAUUCAAAAGGACUUAUCCUUCACGCCAGCAUACGUCUGCUACGACCUCGGGGGCUCCAAGGCUGAAUCAAGGCAGACUGAAGCUCUGCUUGCUAGUCCUGGUCCUCUUGCACACAGUAGCGACCAUGACAGCUGUCCAGAACUCGACCUGCCUAGCGACCAUCUUCCCACUGGAGGACAAUGCCCCCAGAGAAGAAUGACUGGAUGUGGGGGGCUAGCUCUAGCCAAUCAGCAUGCUCCAAAACGUGAAAGAUGGCCAGCAAGGAACUGGGCCGAACCGAGUCGAACCAAGCACGCCAGGCACGCCGGCAGAUCCCUAGCUGCGCUUUACAUGUUCAGUGCUCUUUAUGCCCCAGGUACAAGGAAUGACAGAAUUCAUGAGAAGGGCAAGAAGAGACGAAGGAAGAGGAAGACCAAGGCUGUGUUCUUUUGAGACGUCAGCUCUCACACUGUUCUGAAAAGUAUAUAUUUUGUUUUUUGUUGUAUCAAUGAUGGUCAGACUUUUUCCCUUUUUAGCUUCUGCUGUUAAAAUGGGUUUCUGUGUAUGUCAACCACUUCAGAAUAAAAUGGAUUGAGGGAAGAAAGCAAUGUUAUAUGUAUCCAUGUCUCAAACCACUCUAUGUCAUACUCUGUUGUUUUCACAUUUGACAGCUAGCAUGAAUAGAAGUAUACAUGCUGUUGCUGUAGCCAGAACGAUACGAACAUAUGACCUCAAUUCUUCAUUUACCAGAUUCAGAUACUUUCUUUUCUUGCCUUGCGACCAAGAUGUAGACCAUCAACAGAGCCUUACAAACAGACCCCCUUAGCAAUCAUAUGGUGUAUCAUACCAUUUCCCAUUUUUUAGCUUUCAGCCUCUAUAUAUCCUCAGAUCUGCAGUGCUGCUUAGCAGACUACAUUAUAACCAUGUUGUUAUCCUGAUACCUACUGGGAUGGCUGAUAUCUUUUUAAUGUGCAGUGAAAAUGUGAACAUGUGUGGUUAUACACCACCAUAAUUCUCUGAAAUAUGGAAGGAAACCAGCCUGGAUCCCAAGAAUGAGUACCUGCUAAAACCCACAUUUCAAGAAUUAAAAUGACCCACUUAUUUCCUGUUCCAGUAUAGUUAAAUCUUAACCUCACCAGGCUGCAAUAACAUGACUGAGUGCCUGGUCUAGCCUAAAAAUGCAUACAAAUGGAACAGCAGCCACUCCAUCGAAACAUCAAGUUUUACUUAGUAUGUGGAUAUUAAUGACCUCCAGUACCUUUCUUUGGGGGGUGCAGAGAUGGGUUAAAAUGAUAUAAUAUUUUGACAAUGGCUGUUCUUAUUUCCACACUCUUAUGCCCUCAAAAUGGUAACUUACAAUGCUAAUGAGUUGCUGAAAAAAAUUGCAUAGUGAUCAGUCUUAAUUGCGCUGAAAUUUUUAUUCUUUUAUUCUUUUUUUUUUUUGUGCCAUUUUUUGUUCUCAAAAUGUCCUACACUGUCGUGUAAAGGGCUUAGAGGAUAGCAUGGAAGGGAAGGAGUUCUCAAGGGCUCAUUUUAUAAAUCUCCUUCUGUGUGUAGGACUGUGUGUGUUUGGUGUCUGACUGUAUGGGCCUCUGGCUGCUGAUAUACUGUUUUGCGAUCUGUUUUACUUGGUGAUUUAUCACUAAGCUACGUUAAAAGGCGUAUUUUUAUGCUUAACAUUUACUGUGUCUUUGUAAUUGGCUGGAGAACAUCAUGGGCACAUUUGUCUCGCAUAGUUACGUCUAAUAAUAAUGUUGCAACGUCCCUCAAUCUGAAAGGCCCAAGUGCCUCUGCUGUCCAUUUGUCUAGUGCUAUUUCUUCAACACAGCAGCAUAUAGAGUAAUGGCAGCAGUUACAGUUGAUUAACAGUGUUUCCCACAUAUAGGUGAUGCUUGGGUGUGGCACCGAGGUAUAUUGACGAGAGCCCAAGUACAUUUUGGGCCAUAAAAAACCACCACAUUUUAUUUAUAAUAAAUUUCGAAUGACAACUCACCUUGUUUUCAAUUUGGCUCUGACAUGCACACAGCUGGGCAGAGAAAAGAACCAGACAGAGCUGUUAAAGCACUCUCUUUUCAUAUUUAUUCCUUUUGGAGUCAGUUUGUGCAAGUUCAUGGUAUACAGUUAGUCUGUCAGAGGAGCUCCUAAUAUUUGCACAGUUUCAUUUUCUGCACACUUUGGUUGCACUUGAAGGCACUUUGCCUGGUUCACAUUUAUUGAGCACAUAACAUUUCUGACUCCCCAUUUAACCACUCAGAACAAACUACUUUAAUGUAUUGUCAAGUGACAGAAUACAACAAAUAUACGGUAUACAGGUAAUUCAAUACAGGAUACAGGUCAUUUAGUUGAUAUAUUUUUUGUUCAUAAUGAUAUGUGGCAAUAUCUUGAACACGCUUUCAGCCACCUCACACGGUUCCUAACUAACCUGCGAUGGAACACUUAUUACGGAGCCGUGCUCAAUUUCCUCUUUAUCAAAAGCUAACAACAUUGAUUUAAAAAGUUACUGACAACUUAGCAGUUUUGCUCUCUCAGUGGUUUCUACUCUUGCAGCCAUGAUUUCAUGCUAUAAUACGGGUAUAUUUAGAAUUUCACAUAGAAAUGUCAUGGUUGAGAGACUUGUAUGUAUAUAUUACUGUUUGCACUCACAGCUAUGCCGACUCGGCUCUGUGAUCAAAGAGGAAAUAAUGAUAAACAAGUGCUGUCGUUAGUUACAGGAGUAUAUGACAUACAUGAAACUCAACCCAAGUAAUCUGUGGGAAACACUGAUUACACUACAGAUGUAAUAAAGACCAGGCUAGUGCCGUAUUGUAGUUUUGUGAUGAUGGCUUUAAUAAGUGAACUUAAAGACAUGCUUUAACCCAUAGUCUUGUUGUAUGUUCUUUUAGCUGUUUAAAGCAGCUGGCCAAGGUCUUACAGUUCAGAGGUGACAAUCAUUCCUCAUUACAUUAAACAUUCACAUUAAAUUAUCGUAAUUUUAUUAUUUUUAAAAAAUGAUCCAGCCUUUCAAGCAAACAACAGGAUUUGUGGAUAUUGGGGAUGUCCCAUAAAUAUCAUAUAUAUCUUUUAUUAAAAAAUAUUGUAAAGAAAGAUAUUCAAGAAAAAAAAAAAAAAAAAACCACAACAGCAAUGCUUUUGGCUUUAGGGUUUGCAGUAUCCAACACUGCCGAGUUGCACACAUCACCGUCUUUAAACAAGCUGUUUUACUCUGUUAUUACAUUUUACCGGGACAGACUAUAGUAUGCCUUGUGGUAUCAACAACUUAGAAGUACAAACUACAGUGUCCAGUGUAAAGAGUAACCAGAUCUACAGUGGCCUCCACUAAUAUUGGCACCCUUGGAGCAAA